GUAUUGAGUAGUUGUAGGUAGAAACUUGUUAUAGUGACUAGUGAGUACUUUAAUAAAAAUUUUCGUAAGAAAAAUUACAUACAUUAUACAUUAGUUUCUUUGUUCAACAAAAAAUGUGUGCAUUUCGUUUUUAAAUAGUUAUUGCUGUGAUUGUUGAAAUAUUUAUUGUGAUAAUGGAAAACAAUUACAAUAACCUUCUUUAGUAGAAGUACGUUAUUAGGUUAUUAGUUAAAAUGCCAGAUUCAUGGGGAAGUUUCAUGAAUAAACCAGCUAGAGGUUGGUUACAUCCAGACAAUGUUAUUACGAGAAGUAGCGUUUGUUACGAAGUUCGAUAUAUUGGCUGUUUGGAAGUACUGACAUCUAUGAAAAGUUUAGAUUUUGAUACACGAUUUUUAGUAGCCAAGGAAUGUAUAAAUAAAGUUUGUGAAGCAGCUGGACUAAAAACUGCUGAUAAAAAACGAAAAGUGGAUAAAAAAAUUUUAAGACUUAUUGGUGAUCAUUCAAUUAUGGAUCAUGCAGGAUCCAAUGUUACUUUGUCUAUAUCUAGCACAUGUUUGACUUUAAAACUUAGGGAUUCACAUGCAGUAAUUUCUACACAUGAUAUGCCUAGGAUAUCUUUUGCAUCUGGGGGCGAUGCUGACACAAUAGACUUUGUUGCAUUUGUAGCAAAAGACAUAAAAGACUGGCGUGCAUGUUAUGUGCUGGAGUGUGGAGAAGGCGAGUUAGCACAAGAUGUUAUUACAACUAUUGGCCAAGCCUUUGAUUUACGUUUUAAACAAUUUUUAACAAAACCUGCACCAGUUUUAAGUUCAAGCACACGCGAUGAGCGAGAAUACUAUAAUGAUUUACCAGGAAAAUCUCCUCCAGAAACUGGUCCACCACCUGUACCACCUCUUCCCUCGUAUCAUGAUCAUCGUAAUAGAGAAAGACUAGUUUCAAAUAAUCUAAUAGAUUUGAAUUGUGAAGCACCUCCACCACCUGUACCACAUCCUGCUCAUAACUAUGUUAAUGAUUUUGUAGUUGGAAAUAAAAACCACAAUUCACAACCUCGUGAUGUAUUUGAUAUGCAACCUUUUGUGGAUCAUGAACCUCUUCCAGUAAUGACACCAAAAUUACAAGAUGAAAUUUGGUUUCAUGGUAGCAUUACAAGACAGCAUGCUGAAGCAUUACUAAAACAUGAUGGUGAUUUUCUAGUAAGAGAAUCACAAGGAUCUCCUGGACAAUAUGUAUUAACAGGUCUUCAAGGGGAUGUGAAGAAACACUUACUUUUAAUUGAUCCAGAAGGCGCAGUUCGAACUAAAGACCGUAUGUUUGUAAGUGUCAGUCAUUUGGUGAACUAUCAUAGUGAAAACAAAUUGCCUAUUAUGUCAGCUGAAAGUGCUCUCAUUUUAAGAUAUCCAGUGCCGCGAACUAGAUUUUAAUAGCUUUAUUUUACCUAACCCAUUCCAACUACCAAAUAUUUAUUUAUAUAUUUGGAUGUUUAAUUACUAAAAUAUAUAUAUAUUUAUAAAUUGAUGUAGGCAAUAGCGUUUGUUGUCAUUAAUUUGUAUGCAUUAACCAGUGGUGUUUUUCAGUUUUAAUUUACUUAUUUAAAUUAUUAAUUAUUAAAUACCGUAAAAUUCAGUCUUAUAAUAAUAUAAUGUUCACCAAUUCACACAGCUCCCAUAAGCAUAUAAAAUAUAAAUACUAUAUAUUAUAUUAAGACAUGUCUAUGUUAU